AUGUUACCAGCAACAUUCAAAUUAUGCUGUGGCAUCUCACAUCAGCAUUUCAAGACCAUGAUAGGAUUGAAGAAAACUGCAGUGGUUGCAAUUGCACGUGAACUGAGAAGAAUGAAAAAAGAAAAAUGUCUGCCAAGCAUCAUUAAUCCGCUAUCUCAGAAAGGAAAAAUUAGUGAAGCUUUCAGGGUAGAAGAUGAUAAGCUGAAAAGAAAUAGCACUUUGAACACAGAAGAAUUGUACUACAUUAAGCAAGGGGAAGAAGCUUUACUAAAAGCUCGAGAGAUUUUAAUACAGGAUGCAGGAUGGACAACAGAAAUCAAAAUGAAGAAUGGUGAUAAUGUUGUAAGCAAAGUUCUACCUGGAACUGGAAAGGUCUUCAAGUUGGAAGCUGUACUGGAUGCAACUGUGGAACAUGUGUGUUCUGAGCUGCAUGAAAAACUGGAGCAAAUGAGCUCAUGGAAUCCAAGUGUUAAACACAUACAAAUCCUCCAAAAAAUUGGUGAUAAAACCAUAGUAACUCAUGAAAUCAUGGGAGAGACAGCUGGAAACAUCAUUGGACAAAGAGACUUUGUGAGUGUGAGAUAUUUCUGGAAAGAAGGACCAUGUUGUUACUUGGCUGGAAUAGCUACAAAAUCCAAGUUGAUGCCACCACAGAAAGGCUUUGUAAGAGCUGAAAUUGGACCAUCUUGUAUAAUAUUAUGUCCUGCAAGCAACAACAAUAAAAAGACUCAAUUUAUUUGGCUUCUCAGCAUGGACCUUAAGGGUUGGCUGCCAAAGUCCCUCAUCAAUCAAGCUCUGUCACAGGCACAGGUGGAUUUGCUAAACACUUGCGCUCACAGCUCUCAGCCAUUCGUUCUCCACAUCCAGUUGAACUUGUAGGGAGGAAC